AUGGCUGCUCCUCCUUUGCCGGUAGCAUAUCAAGCAGGGACGAGUCUAGCAGUCCCAGAUUGGUUGAACAAAGGAGACAACACAUGGCAAAUGGUAGCAGCAACCCUUGUGGGGAUUCAAAGCAUGCCAGGGUUGGUGAUCCUUUAUGGCAGCAUCGUCAAGAAAAAAUGGGCUGUGAACUCUGCUUUCAUGGCUCUGUAUGCAUUUGCAGCAGUUAUUAUUUGUUGGGUUACUUGGGCUUACAAGAUGUCCUUUGGGGAAAAGCUAUUACCCUUUUGGGGAAAAGCUGGACCCGCUUUGGGUCAGAAGUUUCUCAUAAACCAAGCAGGGUUACCGGCCACCUCUCAUUAUUUUCAUAAUGGUCAGCUUGAGACUGCUGAGAUUGAACCCUAUUAUCCCAUGGCUACUAUGGUGUGGUUUCAGUGUGUUUUUGCUGCUAUUGCUCUUGUUAUCUUGGCUGGAUCUGUUUUGGCUAGGAUGAGUUUCAUGGCUUGGAUGAUGUUUGUGCCUCUUUGGCUCACUUUCUCUUACACCAUUGGUGCCUUUAGCUUGUGGGGUGGUGGCUUCUUGUUCCAAUGGGGUGUUAUGGACUACUCUGGUGGUUAUGUCAUUCAUCUUUCUUCUGGUAUUGCUGGCUUCACUGCUGCUUAUUGGGUGGGGCCAAGAUCGAAGAAGGACAGAGAGAGAUUCCCACCAAACAAUGUGUUACUAACGUUGGCAGGGGCAGGGCUACUAUGGCUAGGAUGGGCAGGUUUCAACGGAGGAGAUCCCUACGCGGCCAACACCGACUCCUCCAUGGCGGUGCUUAACACCAACAUCUGCGCCGCCACCAGCCUCCUCGUGUGGACGUGGCUAGACGUCAUUUUCUUCAAGAAACCCUCAGUUAUUGGAGCCGUUCAGGGAAUGAUCACUGGCCUCGUUUGCAUCACUCCCGCUGCUGGUUUGAUUCAAGGAUGGGCUGCAAUAGUGAUGGGAGUUCUUUCAGGGAGUGUGCCAUGGUUCAGCAUGAUGGUAUUAGGGAAGAAGUUAGCAUUGUUUCAAAUGGUUGAUGACACACUUGCUGUGUUCCACACUCAUGCUGUGGCUGGCCUUCUUGGUGGUAUACUCACUGGCCUUUUCGCUGAGCCUCGUUUAAGUGCACUCUUUCUUCCUGUCACCAAUUCCCAAGGAGCAAUCUAUGGAGGCCCUGGUGGUGUCCAAAUCCUUAAACAAAUCGUUGGAGGUUUAUUUAUCAUUGGAUGGAACAUCGUUGUCACUUCAAUUAUUUGUGUUGCUAUAGGUUUAAUCGUUCCACUUAGAAUGACAGAUGAUGAGUUGUUGAUUGGGGAUGACGCGGUUCAUGGGGAAGAAGCUUAUGCACUGUGGGGUGAUGGAGAGAAACUUAGUAUCUACAAAGAUGAUACUACUCACCAUGGAAUGGCAUCAAGUGGUGCAACUCAAGUGGUCUAG